UACGGCUUGUCAUUGGACUUCCAAGUCUGACUUCUCCUUAUCAGUUUCGUUAUGCUCUUCAUGUGAUUGUAAUUUGGAGAAGUAAAGAGUAGGAAGCUUCUUGAUACAUAUUAAUAGAAAACUUCAGCUGUAGUAGGUUAGAGUUACUGACAUUUAUCUGGGAGCCAGACGCAAACAUGAACAGCUCGUCUUACUCCAGCUAUAACAGCACAGUCUCGGGGGAUGAAUGGGCCACUGCGGGGGGAGCUGUGGCGUGCGUGAUCCUGUCUGUGUGCUUUGUGGUGGGGACUCCAGGGAACCUGCUGGUCAUGUGGACCAUCAUGAGGCACGUGAAGCAGCGCUCUCAUACUCUGCUGCUCAUCAUGCACCUGGCUGUUGCUGACAUGCUGGUAGUUGUGACCCUGCCUCUGUGGAUCUACUCGCUGGCUUGGUCCUGGGUUUUUGGUGAGGCUGCGUGCAAGGCCAUGGUGUAUGUCAUCUAUGCCUGCAUGUAUGCCAGUGUUUUUCUGAUCACUAUUAUGAGUGUGGAGCGCUAUUUGUCUGUGAGGUACCCUUUCAAGAUGCUGCACUGGAAAAACAGCAAUGCUAUGAAUCUAAUUCUGGCUGGGGGGUGGACCCUGGCACUCCUGCUAGGACUGCCAGCAUUUUUGACCCAGUCUCUUAAUGAGAGCAUGGAUGGUGUUCAGCACUGCUUCUUCUCAGAGUUUGGUUCAGUGGCCCUGGAGGUCUUUUGUGCAUGUUUGGAGACACUGAUUGGCUUUGUUAUCCCAUUUCUCACCCUGGCUGUGUGCUAUGUCCAGGUGGCAGCUCAACUUCGCCAGAUGCACAAAAAGAAUAAACAGAAAUCCGCCUUCCUCGUCAGUGGCGUGGUGGUGGCCUUCGCUCUGUGCUGGCUGCCCCAUCAUGUUAUGAAUGUCAUUAAUGUAGCACAGCUGCUCGGAGCACACUCAGAAAAACUGGCAGAAGUCUCAGAAGCAGCAGUGUUCAUCUCUGGAGCGCUGACAUUCAUUAGCAGCUCAGUGAACCCAAUGCUUUAUGCUUUUGCUGCCAGAAACUUCCAGGGUAGUCUGAGGAAGUCAGCGAUGGCCAAGCUGUUCCAGGAAAUUGCUUCAUAUACUGUCCAGUUAAGAGGGGCAGAGCUCCAAACCUCUGACUGUUUGGACCAGGACACACUCAAAAAAGAGUCUGCAGCAGAUGUCUAAGGUGUGCUGGAUGACUUCUGACUUGAACUGUGCUUUUUUACUGCACCACAUAUUGACAACUGUCAUGGCAGUGCUGUUCUAAUAAUUGGAGUCAAUACAUGAAACGAUGUUAGUUAAUUCUUAUUAAUUCACAGUUUUAAAUAGGUUGUACUUUUUAAUUGCCUUAUGAAACUAACUUUUUUUUUCACACUUCAAAUGAAUAGAAAAUGGUCAUCCUUCUUCAUUUCACUGACUCAGCACCCUAAGCCAAGACAAAAGGAAGUUCUCAAUCUUCUUGAGAACGAGAAGUAGUAAACAUCAUGUGUUCAGACUAGACUCAAACUGUGGUUAGGGAGAUUUUACAGUAGGUCGACCUGGACCUUCUCAGCCCUUCCUAAGAAAUACAUAAAUAAAAAUAUUAAGCCCAAUUCAACUCUGUGUAAUUUUCCCAUUCAAAAAGAUCACAUAUUUUUCAUCCUCUUGAGACCCUGAACUAUAAUGUUGUGUGUCUUGUAAUUUCUCCUCAUUAUUUCUGUUUAUUAGAACCUGGUAACUAUGCAAAUUGAUAAAUUGCUUCACAGAGGAAGAAGGGCAAGUAGAGAAAUACCAAACUGUCCUCAUAUGAGUUGUCGUGGGAAAAUUCUGAUGUCUUCAUAUGUGGACAGUGGAGUCUCAAAAGAUUAAUGUGAAAGAGGACAUAGUAUUUUGUUUCAAUUUGUUGUAAUGUUUUUUUUUUUUUAUAACAUGAGUGAAUUAAGUCUUUCAGGACAAAAUUGCAAAAUCUUAGUAAAUGUAAACAAUAUUACCAAAUGUAAUAUUAAUAAUUAUUAACAUUAACAUUAUUAGCAAAUGUAAACAAACCGAGUAGAUUUUGA